AUGGAGAGCAGAACAAGUCCUGCAAGAGUAGAGAAGAUGAUAGGAUACUUUAUCAAAAGUCUUCGUACAGACCAUGGUGGAGAAUUCAAUUCUAAUGACUUUGCAAAGUUCUGUGAGGAAAACGGAAUUCAGAGACAACUUACUGCAUCAUACACGCCACAACAAAAUGGUGUAUCAGAAAGGAAGAAUCGCACUAUCCUAAAUAUGGUGCGAAGUAUGAUGGCAAGGAUAGCUCUCCCAAAGAAUUUUUGGCCCGAAGCUACAAAUUGGAGUGUACAUUUAUUAAAUCGAAGUCCCACAUUUGCAGUCAAGGAUAUGACUCCAGAAGAAGCACGGUCUACUCAUAAACCAUCAGUUGGUUAUUUUAAAGUUUUUCGGUGCAUAGGUUAUGCACAUAUACCAGAUGAAACAAGAACAAAGCUUGAUGACAAAAGCAUGAAGUGCAUUUUUCUUGGAGUCAGUGAGGAGUCCAAAGCUUUCAGGCUUUACAAUCCUGUGACUAAGAAGAUUAUUGUUAGUCGAGAUGUGCAGUUUGAUGAGAGCAAGACGUGGGAUUGGAGUAGUACCAAUCAGCCAAAAUCUUUGACUUAUUUUGAAGAAGACACAGAAGCAAGUGAGCAGCCCAGGGAUGUUCACCUUACUGAAGAAAAAACUCCUUGUCCAUUUCAAGCACAACAACCUAGUCCCUUUGUAGCACAGCCACCAAGCUCACUGCCAAUCAGUUCAACCGCAACACAACCACUAAGUUCAUCAUCUCAACACACUGAUGCUCAGCCAUCUCAACGCCUCAAAAGACCAACAAGGAAGCCCACAAGAUUAAUGGAUUAUGUCAGUGGUGAUGAACUAUCAGAUGAUGAAGCCUUUCCACACCUUGCCUUGUUUGCAGAUAAUGAUCCCAUUUCCUUCUAUGAUGCUGUCAAAACAGACAUAUGGAGAAAGGCUAUGGAUGUUGAGAUCAAAUCCAUUGAGAAGAAUGGGAUAUGGGAAUUAACAGACUUGCCUAAGGGUGAGAAACAGUUGGGGUCAAGUGGAUAUACAAAACAAAGUUAA